CGUUUAAUGCCAGCCGUACUAUACUUGAAUAUACUCUAACUAUUUGCUGUCGGUACUUGUUGUGGGCAGUUAGAAAUGGAUGUUGACAACGAAGAGACAUCCGAAAUGCAACAUUUCUAUAAAGACAAGACAAUUUUCAUAACUGGUGGCAGUGGCUUUUUAGGAAAAGUGAUCAUUGAGAAACUGCUGCGUACAACAGAUGUGAAACGCAUCUAUGCUCUAAUCAGAGCCAAGCGUGGCCAGGAUAUGCUGGAGCGGCUUGCCAGUUGGAAGGAAGAUGGCGUAUUUGAGUUGCUGCUUAAAUCAAAUCCCAAUUGCUGGGAACGCAUAACGCCCAUUGCCGGAGACUGUCAGGAGCCGGACUUGGGCAUUAACGAGGCAGACCGUCAGCUAUUGCUGGAGCAGGUGCAGUUGGUGGUGCACGGCGCGGCAACAGUGCGCUUCGUGGAGCCACUGCACUUGGCACUGGAUAUCAACACGCGUGCCACUCGCCUCAUGCUGCAGCUGGCCAAGCAUAUGCGUCGGCUGGAAGCCUAUGUGCAUGUGUCUACGGCUUUCUCGAAUUGCGUCAUUCAGCGCAUUAACGAGUGCUUCUAUCCGGAGCACUUGACCUGCAGCGCCGACAAUGCUUUGGCUCUGAGAGAGAAACUGAGCGAUGAGCUGAUAGACAACAUGACGCCAGCCCUGCUUGGCAGGUUUCCCAAUACGUACACCUACACAAAGGCGCUGGCGGAGCAGCUGGUCCAGACUGAAGCGGGAGAUUUGCCGUUAUGCAUCUUUCGGCCCGGCAUUAUUAUUGGCAGCUACAAGGAGCCCGUCUCAGGCUGGAUUGAUAAUAUCUACGGCCCCAUCGCAAUACUACUGGGCACUGCAUGCGGAAUAUUAAGAAUUUUUCGCGUUAACGUGCAUGCGCAGGCCAACAUGGUGCCCGUUGACUACUGCGCCAACUUGACCCUGGCUAGCGUUUGGCAAACGGCUAAGGAGGAUGCCGCACAUAAAAGGAAAUCAAUUGGCACAGCUGCGCCGGCUGCUCAGCUAUUGGCUCCGCCCAUCUACAAUUAUGUGCCUAGCGAUCUCAACUUGUUAACCUGGGGAGAUUUUAAGCGAAAAGCGGAAAGCCUGGGUCAUAUGUACCCGUUGACAAAAAUGAUAUGGCUGCCGUUCCUGCAUACCACGACCACACCCUGGCUCUUUAGGCUGGCCGCUUUCUUCUAUCACAUUCUGCCCGGCUACUGCAUCGAUGUGGUAUUGCGCCUGAGAGGCCGAAGACCACGCAUGCUUAAGCUGUACGAGAAAAUACACAAGAAUGCUGAUGUCCUGUCGCCGUUUGUGGACUCCAACUGGUAUUUCGAAACGCGCAAUACGCAACAGUUGCGGCAGCGUUUGUCGGCACAGGAUCAACAGCUCUUUGAGUUCGAUAUGAGCAGUCUGGAUUGGGAUGAUUACUUCUAUCGCGCUUUGGGAGGCAUGCGCAUCUACCUGGCUAAGGAGAAGCCCGGCGAUGAGUCGCUGCAGCAGGGCAAAAGGAAACUGAUACGAUUUUACAUACUCCAUCGGCUCCUGCAGUUCGUGCUUUGCAGUGGAGCGGCUGCCAUUUUGUGGUCGCUGCUUAAACUCUUAGUUAGGUUCUAGGUUCUAGUACUGUUUUAUAAAACUAGUUAAAUAAAUAGUUGGCUAAAUAUA